UUAGCUUAGCUAGCUGUAGUAUGCAAGUGAAGAGAGAGAGAGAGUGAGGAGAUGGCGUAUUGAAUGGGCGAAGAUUAUCACGCUUUGCUUUUGCCUCCAAAUUGAUCUCUCUCUGCUCUGUCACGAUCUUCGAUCUGAAGCACUUUUUCUGUGAAGAUGGAAGCGAGUGCGGGAAUGGUCGCUGGCUCGCACAAACGGAACGAGCUCGUUCGGAUUCGCCACGAUUCUUCUGACAGCGGGUCUAAACCCUUGAAGAACUUGAAUGGGCAAAUCUGUCAAAUAUGCGGUGAUACUGUUGGAUUGACUGCGACUGGUGAUGUGUUUGUUGCUUGCAACGAGUGCGCCUUCCCCGUGUGUCGUCCUUGUUAUGAAUACGAGCGAAAGGAUGGGAACCAGUCUUGUCCACAGUGCAAGACUAGAUACAAGAGGCACAGAGGGAGUCCUCGAGUAGAGGGAGAUGAAGAUGAAGUGGACUCUGAUGACAUAGAGAAUGAGUUCAAUUAUGCCCAGGGAAAGGCCAAGGCCAGGCGGCAGUGGGAGGAAGAUGCUGACCUUUCAUCGUCGUCUAGACGUGAAUCUCAACAGCCAAUUCCCCUCCUCACCAAUGGCCAAACGAUGUCUGGUGAGAUUCCAUGUGCCACGCCUGAUACUCAAUCUGUGCGAACUACUUCAGGUCCUUUGGGGCCAUCUGAGAAGGUUCACUCACUCCCCUAUAUUGAUCCGAGGCAACCAGUUCCUGUAAGAAUUGUGGACCCAUCAAAGGACUUAAAUUCUUAUGGUCUGGGAAAUGUUGACUGGAAAGAAAGGGUUGAAGGUUGGAAGCUUAAGCAGGAGAAAAAUAUGGUACAAAUGACCGGUAGAUACGCUGAAGGGAAAGGAGGAGAUGUUGAAGGGACUGGUUCUAAUGGAGAAGAACUUCAAAUGGUUGACGAUGCUCGACAACCCAUGAGUCGUGUGGUGCCAAUUCCUUCAUCUCAGCUGACACCUUAUCGUGUUGUUAUUGUACUCCGGUUGAUUAUUCUUGGCUUCUUCUUGCAAUAUCGUGUAACACACCCUGUGAAAGAUGCAUACCCACUGUGGCUGACAUCAGUUAUUUGUGAGAUUUGGUUUGCCUUAUCCUGGAUACUAGAUCAGUUUCCAAAAUGGUCUCCAGUAAAUCGUGAGACUUAUCUUGAACGGCUUGCUUUAAGAUAUGAUCGUGAUGGAGAACCAUCACAGCUAGAUCCUGUUGAUGUGUUUGUGAGUACAGUGGACCCCCUUAAAGAGCCACCUCUUGUAACUGCAAACACGGUGUUGUCUAUACUUUCUGUUGAUUACCCUGUGGACAAAGUUUCCUGCUACGUAUCAGAUGAUGGUUCAGCUAUGCUGACGUUUGAAGCACUAUCAGAAACAGCUGAGUUUGCGAAGAAGUGGGUGCCCUUCUGCAAAAAGCACAAUAUUGAACCAAGAGCCCCGGAGUUUUAUUUUCAACAGAAGAUUGAUUACUUGAAGGACAAGAUUCAACCCUCAUUUGUAAAGGAGCGACGAGCAAUGAAGAGAGAAUAUGAAGAAUUCAAAGUACGGAUCAAUGCCCUUGUAGCCAAAGCUCAGAAGAUGCCAGAGGAAGGUUGGACAAUGCAGGAUGGAACUCCUUGGCCUGGAAAUAAUCCUAGGGAUCAUCCUGGAAUGAUUCAGGUGUUAUCAUUUUCUCCAAAGUGCAUGUAUAAUCUUUUUGCAGUUUUUAUAUUUUCAAGCUGUAAUAUUUGUUUUCUGCAGGUGUUUUUAGGUCAUAGUGGAGGGCUGGAUACAGAUGGAAAUGAGCUUCCUAGACUUGUUUAUGUUUCUCGUGAGAAGCGACCAGGCUUCCAACAUCACAAGAAGGCUGGAGCUAUGAAUGCAUUGAUUCGUGUAUCUGCUGUCUUGACCAAUGGUGCAUAUCUUCUGAAUGUGGAUUGUGAUCACUAUUUUAAUAAUAGCAAAGCUCUGAAAGAAGCCAUGUGUUUCAUGAUGGAUCCUGUUCUUGGAAAGAAGACAUGCUAUGUGCAGUUUCCUCAGAGGUUUGAUGGCAUUGACUUGCAUGAUAGAUAUGCCAAUCGUAAUAUUGUGUUCUUUGAUAUCAACAUGAAAGGUCAUGAUGGUAUUCAGGGUCCAGUCUAUGUGGGAACUGGUUGUUGUUUCAACAGGCAGGCUUUGUAUGGUUAUGAUCCUGUUCUAACUGAGGAAGAUUUGGAACCUAACAUUAUUGUAAAGAGUUGUUGGGGUUCUAGAAAGAAGGGAAAGGGUGGGAAUAAGAAGUACAUUGACAAGAAGAGGGCGAUGAACAGAACUGAAUCUACUGUUCCCAUAUUUAAUAUGGAAGACAUAGAGGAGGGUGUUGAAGGUUAUGACGAUGAAAGGUCACUGCUUAUGUCUCAAAAGAGUUUGGAGAAGCGUUUCGGUCAGUCUCCAGUUUUUAUUGCUGCCACUUUCAUGGAGCAGGGUGGCAUUCCACCUUCAACAAACCCUGCAACUCUUCUUAAGGAAGCAAUCCACGUUAUCAGCUGUGGUUACGAAGACAAGACUGAAUGGGGAAAAGAGAUUGGAUGGAUCUAUGGUUCGGUGACAGAAGAUAUCUUGACUGGGUUUAAGAUGCAUGCUCGUGGUUGGAUUUCCAUUUAUUGCAUGCCACCUCGCCCAGCAUUUAAGGGUUCUGCUCCUAUCAAUCUUUCAGAUCGUCUCAAUCAGGUGCUUCGGUGGGCAUUGGGUUCAAUUGAGAUUUUUCUUAGCAGGCAUUGUCCCUUGUGGUAUGGAUACAAUGGAAGGUUGAAGCCCCUGAUGAGACUUGCUUAUAUUAACACUAUUGUCUACCCCUUUACCUCAAUCCCUUUGAUUGCUUACUGUACGCUUCCUGCCUUUUGUCUCCUCACAAAUAAAUUUAUUAUUCCUGAGAUAAGCAACUUUGCCAGCAUGUGGUUUAUUCUGCUCUUCGUCUCCAUUUUUACUACUUCAAUUCUUGAGCUUAGGUGGAGUGGGGUCAGCAUAGAAGACUGGUGGAGAAAUGAACAAUUCUGGGUCAUCGGUGGAACUUCUGCACAUCUUUUUGCUGUGUUUCAGGGGCUUCUAAAAGUGCUUGCUGGGAUAGAUACAAAUUUUACUGUUACAUCAAAGGCAUCGGACGAGGAUGGGGAUUUUGCAGAGCUUUAUGUGUUUAAAUGGACAUCGCUUCUCAUCCCUCCUACGACGGUGCUUAUUGUGAACUUGGUAGGGAUUGUGGCUGGUGUAUCCUACGCCAUAAACAGUGGUUACCAGUCUUGGGGUCCACUAUUUGGGAAGCUGUUCUUUGCUAUCUGGGUCAUUGCCCAUUUAUACCCAUUCUUGAAGGGUCUCUUGGGCAGGCAAAAUCGUACCCCAACCAUUGUUAUUGUCUGGUCGGUUCUUCUUGCUUCAAUAUUCUCCUUGCUCUGGGUGAGGAUUGAUCCCUUCACCUCAGGCUCCAGCAGAUUAACCAAUGGUCAAUGUGGCAUCAACUGUUAGUUCUCUUACAAACAUUCAUUUUCUGUUGGUAUUCCCUCUUGUCUGGAGACACUCAAGGUUGCUGUCGUGUAUAUAGCAAGAAUUUUCAGCCUAUCAAAGUUGUUUGGAGGAUUGAACCCCUGAAAUUGAUGGGAAUGUACCCUCUCUGUAGCAUUCGUAUUUCUAUUGUUUAUUUAUCUACAUGUCCUUACAAGAAUAGUAAUGUUGAGGUGUAUGCAUUAUAUUUUUUUCCCACAAAAUAUAAAUUGUUUAUGCGAAUAUUUAUUGAAAGCAAACAAGGUGAUGUUUUUUGUUCUUUUA